UGAGAGUAUGGGGGGCAGGGUGGGUCGUGCUGCUCCCCUGCGUUAAGUUGAAUAAAGGUGACAGCCUGGUGCUUAAAAUCCAUCUCCUUGGUUGUCCUCAGUUGCCACCGAACCUACGCCGAAGGAGCUCAGCUGGAAGGCCGGGCUGCAGCGCACCCAUGGGAUGAGGACACCACCCCAUGGAAGCCAGGGAUGGGAGAAGCAUCCUUGAUCCAUUGGGGGCUGGAGGCUCCGUGAGCUCAUCAUCCAUCCUGUCUCCGUGUUUUGCAUAGCUCGUUUCCUUGUAAGCUGCCAGCAGUCAGAUGAGAUGUGAAGCUGAGGUCCUGACCACUUGCCAUCACUUCAGAUCCUGUGGAAACGUCAGGAGAGUUGUAGGGUCAAUGUCAGAGGAAGAAGUUGCUGCCUGCGCAACAAACCCGUUUCUAUGCACCCCAAGUAUCCAGUGACCGCAUCUGGGAGCCACGGGCACCACUGAUUAUUGGUGAUGUAACUGAGUGCUUGUAGUUGGCCUAUAAAGGGCUAAGAGAUUGAUCAGGAGUACACAGGAGAGAUCAGAAAUCCCUGACUGCCAAGAAGAGACGGCUGCACUCUCUAGGCUUUCUCAAGCUCCAUGAUGGUUUCGAAGAAGGUGGUGACUUCUCUGCUGGUGGUGUAUGUGGUGGCCAUGCUGGCUGAACAGACUGAAGGCUACCUAGCCUUCUUCACUCGCAGUGACAUCGAGAGGAUGCAGCUCCAGGAGAAACAGAGGAACAAAGCGCAGAAGAAAUCCCUGAUAUUGCAGAAACGAUCGGAAGGCGGAGACGUUACCGAGCUCUCUGACGUGGAGCGUGUGGACGAGGGCGAGAUCAUCAAGCUGACUGCUCCUGGAGAAACUGGAAUGCGGCUUGAUGCUAGGCAGCUGGAAAAAUAUCAGCACGUCCUGGAGGAACUGCUAACUGAGAUGCUACUGGAAGCUCGAAAUGGUAACUGAUAUCCUCAGACCCAGAAGAGCAGGGUGAUGCUGGCUGCUGGACUACAGGUCUACGCUUCUGCAAGAUUAACUCGGUGAAGUGCUGCAAAAGAAAAAAAUCUGAUGCGAGCUAAUAAAAU